AUGGGCAUUCGCCGCUGGAACCGACGCGACCCGGCUCUCCGCCGACGCAACACCGAAGAGUACCGUUCGACGACGCACGACGGAGAAGACGUGCGAUCGUCGACGGACGGCAACGAGCAGCUUCUCGAUCACCUGCAGCAGGAAGUCGCAGAGCUCCGCAAUUUGUUGGAGAGAAAGGAGCGAGAGCUGGAGAAGGAGAAGCAGGAGCGACGGGAGCUGCGCAGGGUGGUGAGGAGGCAGGAGGACACCAUCGGCGCCCUGCAGCAGCGCCUGCGGUCGGCCGGCCUCGCAAGCGACGACGACGACGAUGACGAGGCCCUGGCGCCCACGGUCGAUGAUGACGUCAACAAGUUUGGCGACAAGCGGCGAUCGAUGGAGGAAGACGAAAAGCGACGCGACGUGGAGCAGGCGAAUGUCGACGAGAAGAAGAAAGAACGAAGAACGAAGGAGAGCGAAGAGGAGACGAUGACGCUGUUGCUGGAGGCCAUGGAUCAGGAGGCGAUCCUCCCUGCGGACGGCUACCACGAAGAAGACGGUGCCGACGAACAGCAACUGCCUAAGAGCGAAGCGAAAAAGAACGAAGACGAAGACGAGAACGAAGUGAAGAAUGAAAACAAAGAAAAAAACGAAGAGAACGAAGACGAAGAGGCCUUGUUGUGCGACAUGUCCCCCACGCUCCGAUUCGACGGCGAACACGACGUCGACUACUACGCCGGCGAAGAGGCGCCGAGUGGAAUCGUUAGCGACGCCAAGACGCCGGGACCAGACGCGGACCGAUCGCUCACGCCACCCGGGGAGCUGGCCCUCGUCGGGAAGCGAAAACGAGUAGACGAAAACACGGCGGCGCCUGCCAAGGUGUCCCUGUCGGCGCUGCUGCGCAAGCACUUGAGCCCGCUGCGCGCAUCGCCACACCCACGCACGGCCGACGAUCCGACCGACCGGUCGCCCUCCGAGCCGCGGGCGCGACCGCCGCCGCCGCUGGCGCUGGCGCUUGGCAGUGAUGUUGGUGACGACGCCGAGAAGCUGCCGCGACCAUCACCAGGACGCGUCGAAGUGCCCAGGACGCCGUCGCCGGCGCGAGACGUGGCUGACGGCAAUGGCGGCGAGCGGACGCGGCAGGCCGUGUCGCCCAUGUUCAAGGCUCUCUUCCUCGCCAAGAAGAAGACGGCUGACUGA